AUGUCCAAAGAGUUGAUAGAACGUGUUUCAAACUAUCUCAAUAACAAUGUUCAAAUUGAAUUGAUCUCACAAGGUGCGGAAGCCGUUGUUUUCAUUACCCACAGCCAUCCAUAUCUUCCAAAUGCGUCUGACGACAAGGAACAGUAUAUUAUAAAAUACAGACCCGCAAAGAAAUACAGACACCCAGCAAUUGAUAAAGCGUUGACGAAACACAGAACCUUGAGUGAAUCUCGAAUUUUGGCCAAAUUAUCCCAGAUCGAUGGGAUAAACGUACCUAAACUCAUCGCUUGUGAUGUCUAUAAUGGGUGUAUAUGGCUUGAGUUUCUAGGUGUGGACUUGCCAAAUCAAUGCGGUUUUAGCAACUUGAAGAAUUUCCUGUGGAUGAGCGUUGCAGAUCCUUACUCGCAAUUGGUCGAAGAUGUGCUGAUAAAAGUGGGUCGUCAAAUUGGACUCUUACAGUGGAACGAUUAUUGUCACGGAGAUUUGACAACAUCGAACAUCGUUUUGGUGCCAGAAAAUGGAACGUGGUCAGCAUUUCUCAUUGAUUUCGGUUUGGGGUCCAGCUCGAAUUUAGUAGAAGACAAAGCUGUUGAUUUGUAUGUUCUUGAAAGAGCCAUAAUCAGCACGCAUUCGUCGUUUGCCGAUAAGUAUAACCAGUGGAUAAUGCAAGGUUUCAGUCAAAUUUACGAGUUACACGGGAAAUCAGGUUUAAAGAAGCUAAAAGAGAUUACACGCAGAUUUGAAGAUGUAAGACUUCGGGGUAGGAAGAGAAGUAUGAUUGGUUAG